CAUUUUGAGAGCAUGUUUCGGGCGAUAUGUCCUAUGAUGAAGAAGAUGCAGAAGCCAACGAAAAUGGUUACAAAUCUGUCUGUUUCUCCCUCCGUCUCCAAUAUAUCGAUACCAUGGCAGCAGUCAACCGGCGGGAUGUUAAUAGCAAAGCGGGGUAUCAAGCUGUGCUUGCUGGGUUAAUACGUCAUUGAAAUGAGAGAGGAGAAAGAAUGUCUGUUGACUGUCUCUGUUCGAGACUUGUAACGGUUACCGUGAGUUUUUUCCAGUCUCCAUGAAAUCUACCAGCAUCUCUCACGACACAAACCAACACCAACGGCCUCUGACUGAAUAGCCUACUACAACUCACUCUUGAUUCGAAAGGAGAAAGGCAAAGGCAGUUCCUAUCGUUGUUGUGCCAACCUACCGUCCAUGGCUUCUGUGAGCCUGGUCUCCAGUCCCCCAACCCCCGUUGUUCUUGACAAAAACAUGACAGACUCUGAGCUUGCAGAGGAGGAAAGAGAGGAUGGCGAAUUGGAAGAUGGAGAAAUAGAUGAUGAAGGGAUUGGGAUUGAAGAGGAGAGUAAGGAAGAAGUGAAAGAGGUGAACGAGGAGAAGGAAGAGAAAGUCAAAGAGAUUGAGAAGGAAAAGGAGAAAGGGAAAGAAAAAGACAAAGAAGACAAGAUACACCGGCACUCCAGAAAAAGAUACAAAAAAACAAGAGAUAAAAGGAGGUCAAAGAGGAGGAGGCGCGACAGUCGGAAACACCACUCUCCUUCCAGCAGUUCCAGUUCGGACAGUUACGAGUCAUCGCCGGAGCGGCCAGAGAGGCCCGAAAGAGACAGGCCUAAGAACAAAAAGAACCCAGAGAGGGCUCACCGUGGCGGUGACUACGAUAGCCAGUCUGCUCCGCACGGCCGUGAACAAUCCAGCACCGGCCAUGGCAACUCCCAGAGGUCAGAGAGGUCAGCGGGUCAGCAUAAGAGCGGUGGCGGAGAUUACGACAAGUACAGUGACUACAGUGAAGACAAGUAUGACUAUGAAGGGGAGGUGGAGGAUUAUGAGGAGGAGGAGCCGUGGCAGGGUAAAGACUCCAUGUCUCCGGGUCACGGCAUGGGCAGGGGACGCGGAUCCAAAGACCAGAUGAAGAGAGGUGGCAUGAGGGGCACGCAGAAACAACAGCAACAGUUUGGGGGUCCGCGGGGGCGGGGCAGAGGAGCCGGAGGAAGGGGGCGGGGCAUGCUGAACAAGAACAACAAGAAGCAGAUGCAGCAGAUGAAGGGCAACAAGAACUGGGUGCGCGGUCGGGGAAGAGGAGGCGGGGGCGAGCAGGCCGGAGAGGGCAUGAAACAGGAUGGCGGUGGGAAGGGCCCUCCUGGUGGUUUCCAGAAGAAACGUCCCAUCAUGACCAAGGAGUUCAUCAACCAACACACCGUCGAGCACAAUGGCAGAUACAUCUGUAAAUACUUCCUGGAGGGACGAUGCAUCAAGGGAGACCAGUGUAAGUUUGAACACGAACUGGUGACUCCGGACAAGAAGAAGGAGCUGUGUAAAUUUUAUCUUCAAGGGUACUGCAGUAAAGGGGACCACUGCAUCUACAUGCACAGUGAAUAUCCCUGCAAGUUCUAUCAUACUGGAGCCAAGUGCUACCAGGGAGACAACUGCAAGUUUUCCCAUGACUCUCUGAACGAUGUGACUAAAGACCUGCUUGAUAAGAUCAUCAACACAGAGGAGGAAAUCGCCCAUGAGGAUGAGAUGGAGUUGGAGGACCUGAGGAAACAGGGGAUUGCCCCCCUGCCUAAACCCCCACCAGGGGUGGGUCUGCUGCCCACUCCAGGACCCGGUGGUCCCGGGCCAGGCCUGGGUACAGGAGGUCAUAAUCCAAACCUUGGCCCUGGACCCUCCAGUCCACAGGAGGGAGGAAACAUCGGGGCGAAUCCAGUAGGGAAGAAGAUCCCAUCUCUGUUUGAGAUUGUGGUAAAACCUACGGUGGACUUGGCUCAGAAGAUUGCCCAGAGUGGCUCCAACUUCAGCUCUCAGUCGGGGGGCCAGUUUUCCGGCGACGAGUUUGGAAGCGGGGGCCCCGAGGACAACAUGCAGCAGAGCGGACCCAGCUGCCCCCCACCUGUUCCUUCUGGGUCUCCGCCAUGCCCCAUGGGGGCUCCCCUUCCAUCCCAUCUAUCCCACACCGGCCCCCCAAUGCAGCAGAAGCAGAGUCCCCCUGGACAGCAUCAGCAACACCAGCCCCCCCACGGAUUCCCCAUGCCUCCACCUCCAGGUCCACCGCCGCCCUUCCUGGGUAACCGACCAAACAUGAACAUGAACCCAAACAUGAGCAUGAACCUCCAGAGGCCCCCUCCGCCGUUCCCCCCGUUCCCGGACCCCAUGCAGAUGCUUCAGAACAUGAACGUGCCCUUCCAGGCCCUGGGAGCCAUGAGCCAGAACCCUGCCGAGUUCUUCAACAUCUUCAGGAACCAGACUCAGACCGUGGGCCUGGGAGCUGACUCGGGUAUGCCCUCGGCGCAGAACCCCUCCCAUCAGCCGGGGGGCGCUGACUCCCAGCUGCUGUCUCAGAUGCAGAGUCUCCCACCUGCUGUCCAGUCCCAGAUGCAGGGCCUUCCGCCUGCAGUACAAAAGGCCCUGUUCCUUCACCUACAGCAGCAGCAGCGGCAGGGCAGUGAUCCACAAGGUCUGGACGACCAAGGCGGCAGGACCCCCAAAGAUGACUCUGCUAACUGGUACUCCAGCGAUGAGGAUGAUGGGAACUGCGUCACGGCCAUUCUCAAAACUCUGAAGAAACAGAAUGAGAAACUCCCGCAGGUGCCGCCAUCCACCAAACCUCCCCCCUGCCCCCAGGUGGCCCCCGGGGACCCCAGGCUGCAGAAGGAGCGGGCCCAGCCCAGCGACCCCCGGAUGAAGUCAGCCGACCCCCGGCAGAGACCCCCGGACAACAUGAGGAAAGACCCGGACCCAAGCGGGGACCCGAGACAGGCCCGGGACCCCAGGAAGGUGAGGCCCUUGGAGACACCUAACUCCUUCAAACCUGAGCUCCACCACCACCGCCAGCAGCACCGCAGCAAGGCUCCCCUCGGGGAGGACGAUGAGGAUGGGGAGAGGGAGCUGAGAGAGAGGGCGUCCCUCAUCCCGCUGGACCCCUGCCCAGGGGUAACGCUCCGUGACCCUCGCUGCCAGCUGCAGCAGUUCAGUCACAUCCGGGUGGACGUGGUGCUACAGAGGCCGGCGUUUGCCGCCGCCGUGGUCUGGUCGGCCGAGGACCUCAUCCCCUCGCUGGUGCCCAAACAGGAGCACUCCAUCAAUCUGCCCCUACCGCCCCUCAUCGCCGACGCCCAGAUGAACCGAACCAACAGCAGGACCAGGACGUUAUCCCCCGACCACUCCGCAAGCCCCGCCCCUCCGCACAUGGACCCUCGCCUGGUCGCCGCCCGUCUGAAGGAGGGCGUGGGGGCGGGACUGGGCAGGCUGCCCUCCAGGACACUGGAGCCACGGAGCUCCACGGAGAGGCUGCUGGAUCCCAGGCAACACAAAGCUCUGGGUCAGGACCCCCGAAUUGGUCGCUCAGGUAGUCAGGACUCUAAGAUACCUGGGCUGAGGGAGCUGGAUGGAGGAGGUGAGGUAGGAGGAGGUGCUGGUGGAGACCCCAGGCUGCAGAGGAGCAGUGCUAGCUUAGCCUCUUCGUCCUCAUCCUCCUCCUCCAAAACCACUGCGUUAACACUGUCGGGUCCGUCUCCGUCUAAACCAGAGGCCGAGAAGCCAGACAUGCUGCCUCCGUACGCCCCAGGGCAUCAAUCCUCCACCGGCGGAGGGUUAGAGAGCCCCACCACCUCCACCCUGCUGGGGGGGAUCAGCCUCUACGACCCCAGGAACCAGGCAGCGCAGCUGGGCCAGCGGGACGAGACAGAGCCCCAGAGGAAGACCGGGAUCCUCAAACUUCCAGCCAAGAGAGACAACCACGCCAACCCUCCCGCAUCGUCGUCGCCCAGAGGGGGCACAGAGAUCACCCAGGAGGGGUGCGGGUCCAACAGUCGACCUCCUACUCUCUCCUCGGCUCCCACAGCGUCCGGGUCAGAGCUCCCCAGUUCCCCGGUGAAGCCCUCGGCGCCCGCGGUCCAUCAUCUACCCAUCCAGGCCCUGGCAGGCCUGAUCAGACCCCCCUACACAGACCCCAGACAGGCCAAACCGGUAGAGAAGGAGACCAGGCAGGACGAGGAGAAGGAGGACGAUACGAGAGAGGAGGAGGAGGAGGACAAGGUGGAGGACGAGUCAAAGGAGGACGAUGAUGAGGAAACAGAAGACGAUAGGCCGCUGAAAGAUGUGUUCAAGACCUUUGACCCCACCGCCUCCCCCUUCUGUCAGUAAACAACCCUGUUUUUAAAUGUAGAUCAACACACACACUCCUCUGCUUAAAUGUCCACAUGGAGAUUUACAACCCAGUUGAAGACAUACUGGAUUUUCUGUACAUGGAUUAGAAACGUGUAUUAUUAUUAUUAUUAUGUAACUUUACAUAUUUAUUUAUUUCAAUUGUGUAAAAAAAAAAAAAGGUCGGUUCUAUGAGAUCUUUCCAAGAACAGACUAAAGUGUCACUUAUUGUAUGUUGACCGAGAGGCUCUAAGGCCAGUCUAUCUACGAGGUCAGUAGGGGUCAAUGUUGGGUGUGCAGUGACUUGGUUUGUCUAAAAUAUAACUAUCUUGAGCAUAAAGUGAUGUUAUUGGUUAAAAAAGGAUGUUAAGUUAUGGACAGUAUUACGGUUUUAACUUUAACAGGAAAAUUAUGUACUAUCAUAACAGUGCUUGACUUGGCCAUGAGUUGACCGGAGCUCAGUGCCAUGCUUCCAAUGUUUUACUGCUUGAGUUCCUUCACUAAUGCAGAAGUCUGAAGUUAUUUUAGCGGGGUUGAGUACAGGACAUGAAGAGGGAGCGUGGGCGCGAUGCCCAAAUGUGUUUAAUUAAAGGCAAACACAAAGGAAGAAUUUGAAACCAAACACUCCCUGGAUGCGGCUUGACUCUCUUUAUACCUGCUUUGAUUGGGCCGAAUGUGUGGAGGGGCGGGGCCUCCUUGUCCACUGGUAACGUGCACUCCCUUUGCCAAGACCAGCUAUCCAUAGGUCAGGCAAACUAUGGCAAACUACUAACAGUUCCUCUACAUACAUUCUUGAAAAUCUGGGAUCACAAUUUAAAACCAGCACCUAUUUCAGUUCAAGUCAAGCACUGCUUAUAACUUAACUUUCAAAAUGUUUGUUUAUUGAAACAGUACAGUAUUUUCAGCCUGGUGUACAACCCUUAAAAAAAAGAAAGUAAAAAAGAAUCACUACAUUCAAACGAGAACAAGGAAUCCAGCAUCACAAGACACCGUAUAACCAGUGCACUAGUAAAAUUAUAACCUCUCUUUUCCUUCCGAUUGUCUAUUCCAAUAUUAUUUAAGACACUUUUACAUUUGUGUUCCUUGCUUACUAUGGUGGUAAUGAUAUGAUAUGCGAAAAUGGUUAAACGUGGGUUUCAUUUGGGAAGUUUUGUGUGCUUAUGUACGGUGCUACUUUUGUUGGAGAUUGAAUGAACGGUUUUCUUUUUUUAUUAUACGGUAUAUGGUCACAUUUUAAACGGCUUCUUUUGUAUCUUAAAUGCAGUGCUUUUCAUGAAUGGUGUAACGUUGGUUUUGUUAUUUUGUUUCGUUUAAUGUUAAUAUAGUUGUUGAGUACUGUCUGUAAGGUUGCACUCAAAGAUGAUCAUCAAUGCCUUUUUAAUCAAAGUCUUAAAUAAAAAAAAAAAUCCAUUUGACAUCCUAUUCAGAGAUGUGGUCAUGCAUAACAAAAUGUAUGUCCAUAUAUUAUGUUUUAUAUGUAAUUCAUUGCACAUGUGCUUCAUAAGGUAUUUAUAAGGUAUCUAGUAUUUUUUCAGCGUGCUCACAAGUUUCAUUAUAGGAACAUGAGACAUUGGAGGUCUUUUUUUUACUCAUGGGGCAUCAAUCAGUAAGUUGAU